CAUACCUCCAGGACGCAUGCCGACAGCUCCGCCGCCAGCACCGCCUAUUUCUGUAGUCCCUCGUCCAGCUCCUGUAGCUCGGAAUGCCUAUCAGUCGACAGCUACACCGGCUGAUCUUUCUUAUAUUGAUCCAGCCCUUCUUAGGCCUACAGUUGCAUCUACGGCAGCAUCUACGGCAGCGCAUACAGAAGCGCAUACAGCAGCGCAUACAGCAGCGCAUACAGCAGCGCAUACAGCAGCGCAUACAGCAACACCUGCAGCUAAGAAGCGCGGCCGGCCGCCUGGUGCAAAGGAUAAGGUACCACGGAAAAAGCGUCCAGCAGGUGUUGAGGGGGGCACUGCUGAGUUAUUAAGCCGGCCGCCAAGCCGUAGGAACGUUGUAGCGCCUGCAGAGUAUAACUAUAAGGAGGAGGCUAAGAAGUAUAUGGAUUAGUAUAUAGAGUAGGUGCAGGUGGUAAUGCAGGGGGGCCAGGCUCGAUGCAAAGGAGCCGUAAUAAGGUGAGGUUUUAACAGGUUUAGCAUGCUUGUAGGCAUAUAGGCACUUCUAGAAUAGAACUUCUAUUCUAUACUAGACUUAGGCUUGUAUAUAAGGCUAUACAAAUCGGCAUAUAUUUUUUCCUAUUCGUGUAGCUAUAUAUAUAGCCGUACGUAAGGCCGUACGGCCUCGCGUAUAGUAUUACGUGUAGAUAGACGUAUAGGUAAAUGCCC